AUGGCAUCGUUAUUCAAACCACCUGAAUCAGCAAGGCGUAAUGCAAAAUCUCCAAAGCUUACACUCCCGCCUUCGCUGAGAAAUAAUCACGCUGAAUUGAAUCAUGACGAUAUUAUCAACGGUGCAGGCAUCGCUAGACCAAGUAAUGGAAGUUCACCAUCACUCGAUCAUCUACGAGGAGUAACACCUCUAUACUCGUCAUCGGAGAUCACUAUACCUCGUUCCGAUCAAACCCCACCAACGACAUCAUCAUCAUCAAUAUAUUCUAUGACAUCAUCAAAACCAAUGAAGAAAAGGCCAGUACCACCACCAAUUCCUACAUCUGUACUCUCCAAUUUAAAAGAGUCAUCUUCAUCACAAUCGACUCCAAAAGUGGAUAAAAUGGCAAAUUCGUUAUCCAAGUUACAAAUUGGAGGGGACUCGACGUUGCCUUAUUCGAGCCAAGACUUGAACAAUUCGACAGACACUUACCCUAGUGCAGUAUUAUCCGCCUAUGACAGUAAUGGUAAUAGUCCUACGGCAUUAGAGACAAAAAUUGCAGGUAAAGAUAUUGAUCAAUUGGAUGAAGAAGUUUGGGAACAUCAAAUGUUAAAACAUCAAAUAGAAACAGUGGGUAUAUUAGGUGAAGGUGCAGGUGGUGCUGUUGCCAAAUGCAGACUUAAGACGAACAGUGGUGGUAAAAUAUUUGCCCUAAAGACGAUAAACACUCUGAACACAGAUCCCGAAUACCAAAAACAAAUAUUCAGAGAGUUACAAUUCAACAAAUCGUUUGAAUCUGAUUACAUUGUCAAAUAUUAUGGUAUGUUUGCAGAUCAACAAAAUUCCACGAUAUACAUUGCCAUGGAAUAUAUGGGUGGGAAAUCUUUGGACGCAGUAUACAAAAAUUUGAUUAGACGUGGAGGUAGAAUCAGUGAAAAAGUAUUGGGUAAAAUAGCUGAAGCGGUAUUAAGAGGAUUAUCAUAUCUACAUGAACGUAAAAUUAUUCACAGAGACAUUAAACCUCAAAAUAUUUUGCUGAAUUUACAAGGUCAAGUUAAAUUAUGUGAUUUUGGUGUUAGUGGUGAAGCUGUUAAUUCAUUAGCUACAACAUUCACUGGUACAUCUUUUUAUAUGGCUCCUGAACGUAUUAAGGGUCAACCCUAUAGUGUUACAUGUGACGUUUGGUCAUUAGGUCUGACACUUCUAGAAGUCGCCCAGGGACGUUUUCCCUUUGGAUCCGAUAAGAUGGCCGCUAAUGUGGCCCCCAUUGAAUUAUUAACAAUAAUUUUAACGUUUACACCAGAAUUAAAGGAUGAACCGGAAUUAGACAUUUAUUGGAGUAAAGCCUUUAAAUCCUUUAUCGAAUACUGUUUGAAGAAGGAAACUCGUGAAAGACCAUCGCCAAGACAAAUGAUUAACCAUCCAUGGAUUCAGGGACAAAUGAAGAAAAAGACAAAUAUGGAAAAAUUUAUAAACAAGUGCUGGGAAGAUGAAGCUUGA